UUAGUUCACCUCAUAACUUGGCGGGUAUCGGAUGUUCGUGUUGUUACUUGUUUCAAACGUCCGAAAAUAAUACGUUCGUUUUGAUCUAUUGCAAUAUUCUACGUAUACGUGGACAUUAUAUAAUACAUACAUAUACAUGAGUGUUUAAAUACUAAUAAAAAUGAUGCAGAGAUGCUGUUAAAAGUUUACCAUAUUUUUUAUUAACGUUUUUUAAUUCAGUGGCCCAAUGUAAGCAAGAUAUCCUUACACUGUAUUCUCUAAUAUUUCUGUGUUAUAUCGAAACCACAAAGAUUUGCUAGGAUAAACUCAUUGCUAUUAAAAUGUGUUAUAGAAAAAUUUAAAAAAAAUUAAGCCGUUCAGUCUAAAUACUACAGCAAAAUUGUAACAAGAUCAACAGUGAAAACACAAGCACAAAGCCAAUGAUCCAGCUUUAAGUCGAGUGUAUAUGAUUUAAGUAAAACAAUCGAUAAAUUUUUAUAUUCAUAUUGUGUAUCGUUAAAAGUUAACAUUGACAUCUCACAAAUUUAUUGUAAUUUCCGUGAAGCUUAAGUUACAGAUGGUAAAAGGACAAAAGAAUAGCCGUGAGACGUCAUAGAUACAGACGCUUUCAUCUACUCUAUAUCAAGUCAAGCAGCAGCAUCAGCUGUAUUUACGCCAGAAAGCACUUAUAGGGCUGCGGCCGAAAUGUUGCAUUUUUCCCUUGCAGAUAUCAAAUCCGAUAUUCGCUGCAUCAGCACACGAAGGUCCACUCACAAACGCAAAGAGGGCAAAAUUUGUAAAACUGGGCUUGCCAUUGCAACAUAUUACAUGAUCGUCAUCCACAACAACAGCAAAACAUUUUAAAACUAGAAUAUAACAAGCAACAAACGCCAAAUAAAAUUUUAUCGAUAGCGCGAAAAACUCACUGGAGCUCACGGCUCGGGAAAAUUAAGGCUGGUUGUACACCAAACCGGAAUAAAAUAUCAGCAACUGAGCUAAAAACUCCACUGCCGGUAGCAGUAACUACGCAAUCAAUUAGCGAUACAAUAUCAACGAAUGCGUCGGCGACAAUGUCGCAGUCAGAUGUUAACUACAGAGCCCAUGCUGACGCGUACACAACAACCCUAACAAUAACAUCAAGUAUACUUGUUGCUGAACAGCUGGGGCAGACGGCAAUUUUAGAUGGCGCAGUAAAAACAAAUGCUAGCGAGCGAAUGUCAAUGCCAAUUAAAGUGGGACAUAAACUUUUUACAAUAAAAACACCAACAACUACAAUACGAAAUGCAUUCUUCGUUAUAGCUUAUUUAUUCAUAAUAUUGACAUCACACCAUCUGGUCAGACAAUAUUUUCUUCAGCCGAUGGCUGCAGCAGCAACUACGACGACAGCGUCAGCAAAUGCAGAUAAAACGAUUGGAACUAUAACGGCUGCUGUAACAUCGUUUGAUUUAAGUAAUGGAGAGGCAUUUAACAACAACUUACGCAGAGCGUUAAUUAGACAACGACACAAACUAUACUACCCUCAGUCAUUGUUUCGCAAAACUCAAUGGUCUCUAAAGCGUUCUGAUUCCACUAUUGCCAUGAAGUCGUUACGGAGUUGGAACAAUUCCGUGAGCACCGUCGCUUUCAAGACAAAAUAUAAAUUUCCUUUCAAAAAUGCCGAGUCGAAAGCUAUCUACCAUAUAGAACAAAGAAACGCCGGUCGACUUAUUCAGCAACAGAGAUUAUUGCGUUCUAUCCCAAAGCAAACGAAUGAUUCUUUCGACCCCAAUAACAAAGCUCUUCGCCGUAUGUUUGAACUCUCUACGAACCGACAACAUCGACGAAGUAAACGGUAUGCAGUCGAUACCGUUAUCAAUAACAACUACAAUACUGAAAAUGGAACAGCUAGCUACAACACAAUAUCGAUGAACACAUUCGAAAAAGAAGCAAAAUUCAAUUCCCGUAAAGCAUUCGUCGAUGUGAGUUAUAGCACUAUAAUAUAUGCUGAUGAUGUGCCCACUACUACGAAUAUAUCUGCUAACGACUAUACAAGUAAAAUGACAUUCAAUGGCGAGAACACCAUUAUACGCAGGAGCUCUAAUCUGAACGAAAACGAAAAUAAUGAAGAUAACAGCAAACUACUCCAACUGAUAAUGGAUGGACUAGGUCUAAAGCGGUUGCCUGAUAUGUCGAAAAUUCGUCAAUUUUUACAGUUAAUAAAUUGGUCUAUGGUAUAUAAAAUAUGAUAUGUAUGUUGGCGACUCGAUGUUGUCCAGAUAUCGCAAAAAAGUGCAUCUAUCGUCGUUCGAGAUUGCGUUGUUGAGGUAAUGACUCAUUCGCUAAUGGAAAAUUUCGAAAAGAACAUUGACUGUGCUCGUGAAUAACCAGAAUAAAAGCUUUUGGUGAAAUCGCCACCAAGAAUGCACCAUUUUAGUAAACAGAGAACAGAGAAGACCUAUGGCGUAUCAAUUUGGUCGGCUGGUUCGCGUUAUGAAAGCUUAUUUGAACAUACGAAUCUGAAAGCGUAUUUCACUGUACUUUAACAGUGAGUAGACAGAAAUUGCGCUCAAUAUACCAUAAUGAGAAAGAUUGUAUGUAAAAUGAUGGCAUGCAAAAUAAAUGUAGAAUUGAUAAAGCCUAUGCUAGAUAGAUGUAAGCCAGCAGUUGGUUAUUAUCAAAUAUUCCUGAUAUUUUCAAAUUUGGUUAUUGGCUUUUAUUAAUUUGUAAAUUUAAUGAAACAUUUUUGAAAUUUGUCAAAUUAUCAUAUAAUUUUAUCUACAAUUUCUCGUUUUUAAUCAUAAUUUUUUAAAGUAGAAUAAAUGGUAGCUAUGAUACUUUAGGCAUAAUAUAUUUGAUUAAAUUCUUUAAAUAUUAAGUAAACAAGGCAAAAUCUGUGUGCUUACAUACCCGGUAGAAGAUUUCAUCGCCGAUGAAUUCAAUAAUAUUAAGUACUAAUCCAAAAUGCGUGGUCGUUGCGGUCGCGGCUAGCAUCGCUUUCGUUUUCGAUUAUUUUUACAACAUGUCAAUAUGUCGAAAAUAAAAAAUUUACGCAUUGAUGGGUUUUGGUAUUAUUUUGGUCAGUCGCGAAGCGAAGCAGGGCAAAAAAGUGACUUUAAAACUUUUACUUACAUAUUUAUGAAAAAAAAACACAACUUUUAUUACUUAUGUUCUUAAAGCGAUACAGUAAGCGGCUUAUGAAAUGAAAUAUUGAAACUUGUGAAAACUAAAGAGGUUUCAUGCAAAUGUCGAUCAAAAAUAGUGAACGUUUAGUUCAAAAUUUGAGUUGCUUCAGGUUUUGCGUAAAUAGGAUAUCGACGUUCCUUUAUCCUAGAAAACUAUUGUUAAAUAUAUAUAUAAUAUAUUUAUAUUCGUUGUAAUUUUUUAAGAAUAAAUAAAAUAAGUUUGCGGUUUAAAAUUUCAAUGUUUAAUUUAGGUCGGAUUAUUUAAGUAGAACAAAAAAUUGAGUUGCAACUGUCCUUUUUUGUUCAUGGCUUCGCUUCUAGUCAUUUUACCAGUGUUGUUUAUGUUAUAAAAUCAGUUAUUUGUAUUUCUAAUGUCGAUAAGUGUCGCUGUUUAGUUCGCACAUCCGGUCAUCCUGAGUGAUCGUUCGUUCCUAGCGGUGGACCCCAAGGCUUCAUAUACUCUGGAACUGAUGUGGUCCUUUUUGGGACUUUGUAGUCUCCCACCUUUUCCAUUUCGUAUUUUCAACGACUCAUAACCUUCAGCAUAUUGUAGGGGCAUAAAUACUUGAACCUUAGUUUCAAACCGGAUCCGAAUUGGGUUCGCUUUAUGGCCGCCAGUCUACACUGUACUUCCUUUACUCUUUGCGUUUUGCAUUGAAAUUUUUCUUAUUCUCUUCUCACCUCUCGAUUCUUAGAUUUCUAGUGAAUGCAUAACAGCCAGUAACAUUUUCAAAAUCAAUCACAAUCAGAUUUAUUCGCUAUUCUUAAGUGAGCUUAUAAUGUCUAAAACUUCGAGUUCGUAUAAGUGAAGCUUUUCUUUGAAAGGUAUGGUUUUCCGACUCAUAAACAGAACAGGAUGAAUUUCUCUAUCGUCGAAAUCUCGUUGCAUGAAUACGCCCCAGUAGCGGUACAUUCUGACAUCUGUAUGUACUACAACUGCCUAAGGGUUGUAUAUUUUCAAUACUAGAACAUUAACUAACGCAGGCUCAACUUUACAUCCGUGAGUUAUAAAUCAUAUAAUGGUCGUGCAGUGAUAGCGUAUGAUUCAAUGAACUUACGAAAAUAUGAUAUCGAUCCCAGGAAUCGCAGCAUUCCACUAAGAAGGGGUGGAUGGAAAUGGGAAAUGAUCAACUGUGUCACCUCCACUUUUUAUUAUUACAAUUUGUAUGUGCGCAUGUACAUACGUACAUAC